AUGUGGUGGCAAACGGCGGUGCUGGCGGUGGCUGUGGUCGUCGUGGCUCAGCAGUUCAAUCCUAACGACCAAAACGAUUUCAUCGAUAAUGAGGAAGAAGAAGAGAUAUCUACCAGCCCCAUUUGGGUCUCCACGGAGGGAAGGAAAAAAGAUUUUCAGGGUAAAAUAGAGAAACUGCUGGGUCAGCCUAUAAUCCAGUAUGAGGAGCCAAAUGACGAACCUGCCGUGGAGUCCACGAGACGCCCCACCAAGCCUGCGAGCAUAUCUACCGAAUCCGAGCCAUGGGACCAAAAGGUCAUAGGCCUGAGCAGCGUCAAGAAAUCCAAGUCGAAGACACGCCAUGGAAGACACAGGACCACCGAGGUCAUCUACAGCGUCAGAGUGCACCAGUGGGACGACAACUACCCUCAAGUAGGACAGAAAAUUAAACCAGGCGUGAUCGAGAGCCUCGUGAAAGGCCACGAGAUCGUCCGCUACGAGCCGCGUCGGGCUCCCGGCCUGCACACCCCGUCACGCACGGAAUACGUGUCCCCGACCGGCGUCGUUCCGAUACGGACGGACGUGUUGCCGGUACGGAACGACGGAGCGGUACGGACGGACGUCUUACCGGUACGGAAAGAUGGCAGAGCGAUACGGACGGACGUGUUACCGGUACGGAAGGGUGUUGGAGCGGUGCGGCCGGGCAACCGUACGGCGACUGCGUACAACGAAGGAGGGUUCCGGUACAAAACUACUGAGUAUGGGGAGAACUUGAGAGUGCUGCCGCUUACCACUGUGAACGAUUCAAGACGAUACUACUUGUUGACGGUGCCCGGCGCUCUCCUAUCGCCCCCAACCCGCCGGCCGCGGCCCACGCCCGUGACGCAUCCUAUCCGCUUUAAAUACGAGUACACUCGGCGAACGAAGCGACACCCGAACUGCACGGAUUCCUACUACGAGUGCCUGUUUCUUUGCUUCGACCGGAAAGGAUACAGAGUCAAUUGUCCCUGGGACACGCGGCCACCUACUGAGGAGCCAGCGCGGCUCAACUUCACCGGCCUGUUCUGGGCCAUACACCGGGAGAAGCGGCUGACUAGCUACGACAUGUCACUACUCUUCAUGAGCUACAGCGCGAAACUUAUAGAGAAGAAAUACCGAGAAUGCAGAACUUGGACAACUACCACGACCACGCUCCCACCGCUCCUCCCGCUUUACUACGACGAAGCGGCGCUUCUCAGUCCCAAGACUGGGCGGAUCAUAGCCAAGUGCUGGGUAUGCGGCCUCCAAGAGUUUGGUAUCCCUCAGAACUCGCACUGCGCUGAUAAUUUCGGAAGUGCUCAAACCGCGGCAGCUCUGACUGAGAAGAAUUCAUACAGGCGGUACUGCCGGUACAUGGACGAUGUCCCCCUCUGGUUUAACCGCUCCGACCCGCUCUCAGUCUUUGGCGAGUGGACGGGGGGCUGCGCCAAACGCUGGAUAGACCUGUCCGGGCUCUACACGCAGCGGACAUGUCGCAGCGUGACCGUGCCCGCCCAGGGACACCACUUCCUGAGCAAGAGGAUGGCCAGGCUUGAGCUGGCGCUGAGGGAGGUCCGAGAAGGCUGCGUGGAGAGUCCGAUGGCUACUCUCGUUCCUUUCUCGCGCGCUGUCUCGCUCUACGCUCGCUUCCAUGUCUGCGUAUGUAAAGGCCUUUUUUGUAACGCGGGGUCGCGCAAGGAGGUGUCAUGGGGCUUGAUCUUUUGCUUAUUGAUAAUACUUCUAAGAUUUUAACUGAAAAAACUCUGAAAAGAGUUGUGUGGUAUGUAGGUCUAUUCAUUAGAUCUAGAACGAAUGAUUGUAUGGAAACACGUUUAGAAUCAUACGAAGUUAAGUUGCCAGCAAGUUUGACAUCCGAUGAAAAUCAUUGAAUUUCGCUUGAGCUUAAAGACUGCUGAAGUGUGCGAAAGAGAAGCUGUCACGUACCUGCCUAUAUGAAAAUCCUAUGAGUGCAAAAGAGACAGAUCGUAAAUGAGAAAACGUGACAGUAUGAAAAUUUGUAUUUAGAGGAUUAACACCGCAAAUUAUUCACUUAAUCAUAUACCUAAUUGCUGAGUUAUUAUUUAAAAAAAAAUGAAACAUCAGACUACGAAAUGCUGACAUUUACUGAACUCUUGCGCAGAUGAUGCUACAAAAUAAUUUGUAACUUAGCUUGGUAUGACUCCCAUAAACGUUUUAAGGGUGGCUCACACACUGAUGCCACUAGUAACAUACUCGUUCACUCCAUUAAUAUUCGUACGUACAUUUAAUUUGUAACAGCAACUUUAAUUAUUUAAUAAAUGUGUAUUUUAUAUU